AUGGAGCUGGACUGGACAACGUACCCGGACUGGAUACCGGCUCAGAGGGAGGCUCCUGCCAUGGAGCUGGACUGGACGUCGUGCUCGGACUGGGCAUCGGCGCAGAGAAGGGCUCCUGCCAUGGAGCUAGACUGGACAACGUACCCGGACUGGGGUGCUGACCCUCCCUUCUCUCCUCCCGGUAGUGAAACCGUGGUGAAGUUUGAUGCCUAUGGCGACGGAAUGGGACGCUACAACAUCUUCAGUUACCAGCACAACGCUGAUCGCUACGGAUACGUGCCCAUCGGUGAGUGGGCGGAGACUCUGAGCCUGAGCAGUGACCUGAUUCGCUGGCCAAGGGAGGUGGUGCCCCCAUCCCAGUGCAGCGACCCGUGUGCCCGCAACGAGAUGAAGAAGAUGCAGGCUGGAGAGUACUGUUGUUGGAUCUGUACGGCGUGUGAGGCUCAUGAGUACCUAGCUGAUGAGUUCACCUGUUCGCCCUGCGCCCCUGGCCAGUGGCCCAGCGAAGACCUCACUUCCUGUUACGACCUGCCUGAGGACUACAUCAUGUGGGAGGAUGCCUGGGCUAUCGGACCAAUCAGCAUCGCCGUUGUUGGGUUCCUGUGUACAUCGCUGGUGUUCUGGGUGUUUGUGAGACACAACAGCACGCCCCUGGUGAAGGCAUCAGGCAGAGAGUUAUGUUACAUUCUACUGCUGGGUGUCUUCAUGUCCUACUCCCUCACCUUCCUCUUCCUGGCCAAGCCCUCGCCUGCUAUCUGCGCCAUGCGACGCCUCGGCCUCAGCACCUCAUUCGCUGUCUGCUACUCUGCCCUGCUCACCAAGACCAAUCGGAUCGCCCGGAUCUUCAGUGGGGUGAAGGACGGGGGCGGGACCACGAAGCCGCGCUUCAUAAGCCCCACGUCCCAGGUGUUUAUCUGUCUCAGUCUGAUAUCGGUCCAGUUAGUGUUGGUGUCAGUGUGGUUGCUGCUGGAAGUUCCUGGUACCAGGAGGUUUACGUUACCGGAGCGACGGCAGACAGUGAUCCUGAAGUGUAACGUCCGUGACUCCAGCAUGCUGCUGUCGCUAGGAUACGACGUGCUCCUGGUCAUCCUGUGUACUGUGUACGCCUUCAAGACCAGGAAGUGUCCAGAGAACUUCAACGAGGCUAAGUUCAUAGGUUUCACCAUGUACACAACCUGCAUCAUCUGGCUAGCCUUCCUGCCCAUAUUCUACGUCACAUCCAGUGACUACAGGGUCCAGACCACCACCAUGUGUAUCUCUGUCAGUCUCAGUGGCUUUGUGGUGCUGGGCUGUAUGUUUGCUCCCAAGGUCCACAUCAUCAUGUUCCAACCACAGAAGAACGUCACCAGUCUCCGCCUCAAUAUCAACCGCUUCAGUGUCAGUGGUCCUGCCACCACAUACGCUUCACACGCAUCAGUGAGUGCCCAGUACGUACCGACAGUGUGUAAUGGGAGAGAGAUCGUCGACUCCACCACUUCCUCUCUGUGA